UGCAAAUUGAUGGUUCAUGUCAUAACAUCAUGAAGUUCCCGAAGAAGAAAUUAGUCAAGAUUCAGCCUCUAGCCUUGGGUAAAAGUCACGUUCAUCUUACAGGGCAAGGGGCGUGUACUUGUACUUAUUCAUCUCCUUCGGCCCUGGAACAGAAGUACAAGAUCAGACGCAGUGCUCCUAUAUAACCCCCUGAAAUCUCCUCAUCUUUGUCGAAUUGCCAACACAAGCCCGAUUUAUUUCUGAGGACUACUAUAAGGACAAGGUGCAUUCAUUUCUCGUCUUUACAAAAUUUGUCCAAGAAGAUAUGGCAUCUUUCCCAAGGCCAGAAAACGAACAGUGUCAGUACAAGUAUGAUGUCUUCCUGAGUUUCAGAGGUGAGGAUACCCGCAAAAACUUUGUUGACCAUUUUCACGAUGCUUUAAGGCGUAAAGGAAUUGUGGCCUUUAAAGAUGAUGAUGACCGAAAUCUUCCAAGGGGAAAAUGUAUUAAACCAGAAAUAUUGGGGGCAAUAGAGAAGUCAAGAUAUGUACUUGUUAUAUUUUCUGAAAACUACGCUUCUUCUACUUGGUGCCUGGAAGAAGUUGCUAAGGCUAUGGAGUGCAAGGAUAUCAAAAAAGGAUUAGUGAUACCGAUCUUCUACAAGGUCAGUCCAUCUGAUAUACGAAAACUGAGGGGAAACUUUGGGAGAGACUUUGCUGAAACUAAGAAAACUUAUACGAGCGACAAGGGAGAUAUAAAGAGGUGGAAUGAUGCACUGAGACAAGUAGCUGAUCUCGCCGGAAGAGAAUUGAAAGAUGGAUAUGAGAGACAGUUUAUUGAGGAAAUCAUGAGAGAACUGGAAAAUAGAGUGGGUCCUUGGCUGUCCUAUGUUGUAGGUGAUCUUGUGGGGAUGCAUUCCCGUGUUGCAGAAGUAGUUGAAUAUUUAUGCUUAGAUGAGAGUGAUGUCUGUAGUAUUGGCAUAUGGGGAAUGGGUGGCAUAGGCAAAACAACUGUUGCACGAGCAAUUUUUGACAAAAUCCAGGGCCAAUUUGAUGAUGGAUGUUGUUUUCUUGCCAAUGUUAGAGAAAUUUCAGAAAAGAAUGGUCUGGUAUAUCUGCAAAACCAGUUUCUUGGUGAUAUUCUCCAACAGGACAAUAUGAGAAUCAGGGAUGAUCAAAGAGGAGCGAACAUGAUAAAAGAACGACUGCGAAAUAAAAAAAUUCUCAUUAUACUUGAUGAUGUGGAUGAAAAGGAGCAGCUGGAAAAACUAGCAGGACAUCUUGAUUGGUUUGGACAUGGGAGUAGGAUCAUUAUAACAACCAGAGAUGAACAUUUGCUUCUCCAAUAUGGAGUAAAUUCCACAUAUAGGGUGGAGGGCCUAUCCUUUGAUGAGGCUCGCCAACUAUUUUGUUCAAAAGCUUUUACAAGUAACCAUCCUCCAGCAGAUUUUGAGGAGCUCAUGAAGCAGGUUAUUGAAUACGCUGGUGGCCUUCCUCUAGUCCUUGAUGUCUUAGGUUCCUUUUUGGCCUAUAGGAGCUUGAAGCAAUGGAAGAGUGCACUGACCAGACUCAAAGAAUGUCCAGAAGGGAAAAUUUUUGACCGGCUUAAGAUAGGUUAUGAUGGACUACAGCAAAAAGAGAAGGAGAUUUUCCUAGAUAUUGCCUGUUAUUUCAAGGGAAAGGAGAAACCUUAUGUUACAAAUGUUCUGGACAAUUGCGGCUUGUACGCAGAUAUUGGAAUCGAAGUCCUUGUCAAUAGAGCUCUUAUCCAAAUCGUUGGCAACAAACUGUGGAUGCAUGAUUUGCUACAAGAGAUGGCUUGGGAAAUUGUUCGUCGAGAGUCUCCUGAAGAGCCAGGAGAACGAAGUCGAGUCUGGCUUUUUGAGGAUGUAUGCCAUAUUCUAUCAAAAAACUCGGGAACAGGAAAAGUCAAAGUCAUAGUCUUGCAAUCUGGGGACAAUAGAAUAGUGCACUUGAAUGGAGAGCCCUUUGCAAACAUGACUAACUUAAGAAUUCUUGAUGUUCGUGCCACCCACCUCUCUUCUGGUUUUAAGCACCUUUCAAAUGAAUUACGCCUGCUACGAUGGGACAACUGCAGUCUUAAAUCAUUUCCACCAAGUUUUCUUCUAGAGAAUCUUCUCGAACUCCAUAUGCAGGAUAGCCUCCUUCGCAGCCUCUGGAAAGGGGAAAAGAUGCAGGUCUUGGAGAAGUUAAAAGUUAUCAACCUCAAUGGUUCCGAAUUAUUCGUGGAGACUCUAAACUUCAAAAAUGUCCCAAAUCUAGAGAGGCUAAUUCUCAAAGGUUGCAAAGCAUUAUCUCAGGUUCAUCCUUCAAUUGGAUAUCUGAAAAGACUCAGUCUACUUGACUUAGGUGACUGUGAAAACCUCACGGGACUUCCAGAUAGCAUAGGUAAUCUAAAAGCUCUCAAAGUUCUUAAUCUGUUUGGAUGUUCAAAUCUUGAAGAAUUGCCUGAGAGCAUUGGGGGCUUAGAGUGCUUAGAGGAGCUUGAUAUUAGUGAAAGUGGCAUAACACACCUCCCAUCCAGCUUGACAUUCUUACAAAAUCUGAAAAAGUUAUGCUUUCAUGUUAGUAAAAGGAGGCCACAAAAUUUUUGGAGGACAAUGACACGUACGUUGGGAAGAGCUCUGAACUCUGGACGUCCGCGGUUGUUUUCAUUUUCAGGACUAUCCUCUUUGACAGAGUUGAGUCUGAGUGGCUGCAGUCUUCUGAAAGGAGAAAUUCCUAGUGAUAUUAACUCUUUAACCUUCUUGAGGUCUUUAGACCUAGACGAAAACUUUUUUACCACCAUAACUACAAGCAUCGAACAUAUCUCUGGCCUGCAAUUUCUCAUAAUAAAUCAUUGCAAAAAGCUUAAAGUGUUACCAAGACUUCCAGAAAGCACAAUGGUUGUGGUGGCUAAGAAUUGCCUCAGAUUGGAAAGGAUAUCAAACCCAUUCAUUGUAUGCACACUACCUGAUUCGGGAUUUUACUUCCUUAACUACUCCAGUUUGCUUCCUCAAGAUCUUGAUUUAACUUUGCAGCAGAAGUACUCCUUAUCGUUGCUUCAUUACAUCUUUUGCCGUUCCACCAGACAUUUUUUUGGAACUUACAUGGUGUCUCCAUGUCUACAAUGUGAAAUACCCGAGUGGUUCAGCUACCAGGCAGUUGGACCUUUGUUGGACAUAGACAUGCCCCCUAAUUGGCAUGACUAUAACUGGAGAGGAUUUGCCAUCUGCGCAUCCUUUAAACAAAUCAAGUGCAGCCCCUGUCAAGACCUGGAAAAUGACCACUUCAUUUUCUGUGGGUUCCAUGCUGAUGGAAAUCAGCUAGGUCCCUUAUUUAAGUUUCCCAUCAGAUUUGUCAAUUCAGGUUGCCUUUGGCUAGGUCAUGUGUUAGAUACUGAAUUUCCAUGUGAUACAAAUUGGGAGACAAUGUCAAACCACAUUGUUGCUUCAUUUACUAUCACCAACCCUGGGUUAAAGGUGGAAAAGUGUGGUGUUCAUCUGGUUUAUAAGUGGAGUCCAUCACAGUUCGAUGAUUAUUUAGUUAGGUGGUCUAGCUCAUCGCCCAGGGAUUGGGAUAGAUUCUACCAUGAGCUUCAACCACCAAGGAAGGUCAAUAGUGUCUACACAGAUUCCAUUGAUCCGUACCUAUACAAAGUGAAUGAAGGUGUAAUGUGCUGUGGGGUCUAUGAGGUUCAACGCUACCCCUUCAAAUUACUCAAUGACUAUCAAUUUGUGAUUUGGUGUCAUUCGAUAUGUACAGAACAGCCAGAAUGGCCAGGGUGGCAUGCUUAUUAUUUGAAUAGAAGGUUCUCCAAGAACUAUCAAACGUGGUUGGCUAUCUUUAAUUUACCUUAAUUUCAAAUGAAAAAUUCCAUGUACACUAUUUGCUCGAAGAUAUCGCAAGAGCACACUGAAUGUCCCCGAGCAACCUCCAAGACUUCGACAAGUGUCCGAUGAUGAUUUUGAUGAUGAUUUUGAUUGAAGGUAAUCACUACUAGAUUUGAUCAUUUGCCGGAGCUUGGGUUAGACCUAUCGAAAUCCAAAUAGACUAUGAAAACUCAUGUUAGUCCUACCUAAAAUUCUAGAAUAUCACCAGCGGCACCAACAUCUCCAAAAUAAUAAGGGGAAUAAUUUUUGCUGGCUUUUGUGUUUUCCUGACUCACCAAACAAAAUCUUUCUUACCGGUUCUAGAAUUCUAUCAUUUCACGAUGGAAGUUCCACGUGUAGUGUAAGUGGAUUCCUUGUUUUUGAGAAACUUAGGCCAUACUUUAAUACUAGAAUGUAUAUUUUCAUCAAAUACUAAUUUCACUUCUCUAACUUUUUGGAACAAUCCGUAAUUUUUUACUUUCCUACUUACUAUAUUUUUACUUUGACUUUUUUCUCUAAAAUCACAGUUCCAAAUACAAAUUGUAAUGUAUUGCUAAUCUACAAAUUGUAAAACCCUCUCCAUGUAAUUGAGUUUUUAUUGGCUAAAUCCCUUGUGGCGCCCAAGGAGGCCAAGAACCUUAACGAGCUUUUUCUGUAAACCUUACGGAUUAUUAAAUCCUUGCACGCCAUUAAUUUUUCUUUUAUCAGGUGAGGCGACACCUCUACUUUUUUUUCUUUUUUUUCCAACGGUAGGAGAAUUUAAAUAUGGCGAGUUCUUCCAUCUCUUUCUUUAGCUUUUGUAUUUUCCUUUUUUUCCUUUGCAUACUCAUCAUGGGAGAUUGAUCUGUCUAUAAAAUCAUCUCUUUCUGGA